UCCCACACUCUUAGCCGUUCAGUCAGGGGUUCUGUACUACGUGACACAAAAUGCAUCUCGGGGGCCCGCCUACGUGGCCUCAUACCCACCGACAGCCCGCUCAGCCAAUGGCCUGCCUGGACCCGUCUGCGGCCUGCGGCCUGGGGUCCUCUGCCUUCUGACCAGCGUCCGGGUCCAGCCAGCCCGCCGAAGCCCCUGCGCCCGCGGUCACGCUGUCGUCCCGGCCGGCGGUCCCGGGUGCGCCCGGAGCAUCCCAGGGCCCGCAGCGCUACGGAUCCCUGGAAAACUUCUGUGUCUGGCCAGGGGUAUAAGGAAAGACAGAGUUGACCCCUACGGUCUGAGAAGGAACAAGGCCCACCUGGAACAAUGGCAGCCGCCCAGGGCCUCCAGCCCCCAGCACCCUUGGAGCAGGAUGAGAUCCUGAUUGUGAAGGUGGAGAAGGAUUUCCACUGGGAAGAGGAACCCUCCCUGGAGGCAGAAAACCCCAGCCCUGAGACCUGCCGCCAGCGCUUCCGUCUCUUCUGCUACCAGGAGGUGGCUGGACCCCGGGAGGCCCUGAGCCGGCUCCGGGAGCUCUGCUGCCACUGGCUGCGGCCUGAGCUGCGCACCAAGGAGCAGAUCCUGGAGCUGCUGGUGCUGGAGCAGUUCCUGAGCGUGCUGCCCGGGGAGAUGCAGGCCCGGGUGCGGGAGCGGCAGCCGGAGAGCGGUGAGGAGGCCGUGGUCCUCGUGGAAGGGCUGCAGCGGGAGCCCAGGAAACAGAGGGGCCCCGAGAUGCUCUCUGAUGACGCAGUGCCCCACCGGACGGGGGGACAGUCUUUGAAAUGCCAGGCAGAGGCCCAGCCGGAGCUGCUGUCCCUAGAGGAAGGGGCUCGGUGCUCCAGGCAGCAGCCCCCAGCCCAGCUGAGCCACAGACCCAAGAGAGGACCCCCGCUCUGGCCAAAGAGAGGCCUUGGGAUGCAGUUUGAGGAUGGAGAGGACACGAGGGAGGACCCACCCACGAGAACAGAGUGGGACCGAGUGCUGUCGGCGCAAUCCAGGGGGCCCGGACCCCCCAUCACACGUCAGGGGCAGGCCCCAGUCAGGGGCUUGACCAGGCCCAAGUGGCCUCUGGAAAGAGGGGGUCCUCGAAGGGUGGCAAAGCCGCACAUGUGCCCUGAAUGUGGCAAAGGCUUUAGCAAAAAGUCCCACUUGACCAAGCACCAGCGCACACACACCGGGGAGCGGCCGUACCAGUGUCUGGUGUGCGGGAAGGGCUUCAGCGACCGCUCCAACUUCGGCGCCCACCAGCGGAUCCACACGGGCGAGAAGCCUUACCGCUGUGCCGAGUGUGGGAAGCGCUUCAGCCAGAGCUCCAGCCUGGUCACCCACCGCCGCGUGCACACGGGGGAGCGGCCCUACGAGUGUGCCGAGUGCGGGAAGCGCUUCAGCAACAGCUCGCACUUAAGCACCCACCGCAGGACGCACACGGGAGAGAGGCCCUACACGUGCCCCGCCUGUGGCCGGGGCUUCCGUCAGGGCACUGACCUCCACAGACACCAGCGGACCCAUAGUGGGGAGAAGUGCCCGCUGAGCCAUGCCACCGGGGUGCAGCCGCCUCCCAGACCCUCGAGGCUCCAGGAGGCCCCCGAGGCCAAAGCCUGACCACCAUGCAUGGAAGUCAGUCACAGUUCAUGAAGCUGCCCGAGCCGUUUCUGUUCCAGAACCAGUAACCCUGAUCUUCAGGCAUCUUCAGACCGACUCCGUUUGCUCCCCUGGGCCCAGGGUGAGGAUACGGCAAUGGACAUUUCGGGUGGAGUGCUGGGCACCCAGCAGGUGUAUUAGGGUCCUGGGGCUGCUGUAUAACUGACAACCACUGGGCGGCUUAACAACAGGAAUUCUUUCAGUUCUGGAGACCACAAGUCCAAAAUCAAGGUGUGUGCAGCGCGGUUCCUUCUGGAAGUUCUAACAGAGAACCAUCCUGUGCCUCUUCCAGCUUCUGGUGUUGUCAGAAGUCCUUGCUCUUGGGCUUGUGGCAGCAUCACUCCUGUCUCUGCCUCUGUUGUCACAUGGCCAUCUCCUGUGUCCUCUCCUCUUGUAAGGACAGUCAUUCGAUUUAAGGACCCUCCCCCCCCAGAAUGACCUAGUUACUAAUUACAUCUGCAAUGACCCUAUUUCCAAACAAGGUUACGUUCUGAGGUGAAUUUGGGGCACACUCUUCAACCACUGCAGGGGAAACAGCAGCCUGUGGCAUUCGGUACCCCAGCUUUCCCCUGCAACCUUGCCACACUUUCAAAAUGGAGCCUGUGGGGGCUUUUCCUAUAUUCCAGUGGUGUCAGCAAGGACAUGGGGUUACCUUCGGAGAUCCACAGCAGUUCUGUAGGACGCAUGCCUGGUGUGAGAUUGCUUUCCCGAGACUCCUGCGCUCCCCAACCUAUAAGGAAGCCUGGGGAUUUGACUGCCCUCUUCCCAGGGCAGGGGUCCAGGCUGCCUCUGCUCCAGCCCCAGGGGACCAUGUUCCAGGCCACAGGCCAGCCUUGGUGGCCCCCACUGUAUUUUCUGAGGUGGAUGUGCCUCUGAUUUCUUCACAUCCAUGAUCUUCUGAGGGGUUGGGGGGAUAGGUAUAGAGUCUUUAUUCAGUUUGGUCAUCACUGGCGUCAGGAGGCAGCUGCUGAAACCACUGGAUUCCAGAACAUCCCAUCCAGAAGUGUGGCCGGUGUUCAUGGCUGGCCCGGUGGCUUUGGCCCUCAGGCCAGCUCCUGGCACUCCAUUCUGUUCUGUCACCCAAUCACUAUAUUUUCACCUUUUCAUACAACUCAGGUUCCAGGGUGUGUGACCAGCUUUUCUUCCUUAAUAAAUGAUGUCAGCCCUUCUGGACCUGUGUGCUCUGUCCUGUGUGUUCUCUGGAGAAUGGGGCCACCUGGUUUAAGGAAGGUUUUUACCUUCUAGGCCAGCUUUGCCAACCACCCGCCUCCCCCACGCAGCCGUGAGCCCCCCAGCUCACUUCUCAGGUCCAGGUUGGUGGCUGCCGUCUUCCUGGCCUGAUAGGUAGGCCCAUCAAGUGCCUGUUCCAUGAUAUUCUGUCACGCAGUCCUAUGACAUUAGGAUUUUAUAGAUGGGGGAAAACUAU